AUGGAGGCCAGAUAUUUUAAUUUUACAGUCCAUUCUGCUAGUGACCUCCCAGAUGUUCGUGAAUUUGGUAGAAUGAAAGUUUAUGCAAAGGUUUCAGUAGCAGGAACGACCAAGUGCACCGAAGUAGAUACUAUGAACGACACAAAUCCUAAGUGGAAUACGACGCUUUGCUUCAUUGUGCCUGAGAAAGACAUCAUACAAGGGCAUAUGUAUUGCAAAAUUGAGCUUUUCUGCAAAAGGACUUUCUCACAUGAUAAGUAUGUUGGUGAGCUGGACCUUUCUCUAGCUCCUCGUUAUAAAGGAAUAUGUACUUUUCCAGUGCUCGGAAAUGAUUUAGAUCAGAGCAAAAGUAUUGGAACUUUGAAGUUUUCUCAUGCUUUAGGAGAUAAACUCAUAGUUGCAGACUCAUCUUCAUCUUCAUCUUCAUCUUCAUCAUUAGAGGAUUAUGAUAGCGUAAUUCGUCUUAUUAAAGGUGGAGUGGGUUUGCUGAAUGUAAAGGCUACAGCGUCCAAUUGA